CCACCCGAAUAUGAACGAGGUGGUGAUGUUUUGAGAACCGGCGUAAAGUUUGAGGACGGAGAAGUCGCAGCGGAAGAGCGCGUUCAGCAUGUCCCGCACCGCGCCCUGGAGGCUGCCCGCAUCCCCGGGGUACAGAGCCUGCCAUAUGUGCCACAUGGGCUCGUAGAGGUAGAAGACGUCGGGGUGCUGGUUGAACAGCUCCCCCAGAAACGACGACCCUGUCCUCCAGGUGGCAUGCAGGUGGAUGGACCUGCAUUCAUCUUUAAUGAAGACCCCUGGAAUGUGUUUAAACCAAUUAAAUAUUGAUCAGUUUCAGAGGACAAACUUUAAGAAUAAUUGCUUUUAUAGUUUAAUCAGUAAAUUAUCAUUUAUUGCAAUUUAUACCUUUUGAAAUAUGCUAUUCUUAAUUUAAGAACAUGCUAUAACCAAUGCAGUCAUUUAAGACAUACAGGGGAUGGCUGGACCAAUAAUUUACUAAUGUGAUCUCUCACAUAUAUGGCAAUAAACCCUUCUCGUUCUGAUUCUGAAAAGGGAUUAAUUAAGAUGAGAUGGUGGGCGUGGCUAUAAGCAUGGGGUUAAUCAAUCAAACAAACCAAUGAAUGAUUUUGAAAUACAAAUUAUGAGUUUAAUAUUGUUUGAUUUAAGAAGAAGGGAUGUAUUUGACCAGCAGAAAUGCAAAUUUUGAUACUCGAAAAAUGUAAACGUGUGCGUGCUUUUUUAUAUGAUACAACAGCCUUCCAUACUGCAUAACAUUUCAACGAACAAGAAGGAAAUAAAGCGUUGACUUUUUUUCAGUGGUACGCAUGCGCACCAUUGUAUGUUUCGAUGACGCGGUAGUGGAGGAAUGAAUGGACCUAACAGUCAAUGUAGCGCCUCAGUUUUUGUACAUUUGCAAUAACGAUUUCAACGUUGUUCUUCAAGUCUUAUAUUUUGAAAAGUUAUCCAAUAGUUUGCAAGAGUGAGCCAGGCGGUUCCAUGCAGGCUAACGCUUGGGGCUAAUUCUUGUAGCACAACCAGCAGCUGGAACACCAUGGCACACUGGAGCACCUUUGAAAAGGAGACGGAGAAAGAAACCAAGAAGUUAAUCAGAUCUAUCAGCAAGAUUGAAGAUGAGGAGGACCAAAAUUUCCAGUCUGCGCUGAAAUUUACGUGGUCAAAUUUCAAAUUUCAUCGUUAUUUGGACGUCGACAGUCAUAAAGUUCAACGCAGUAUAAGUGGAAUCUAUGAGAAGCUGAUGGUUCAUUCAGACCUGAGUAAAGCCGGCAGCUGGAUGAGACUGACUGAAGAAUUUCUGAACUCCCCCCUACCCAACACUCAUGAAACCAAGACUGAUGCACACUACAGUGUGCUGUCGCUGCUGCUCUUCCUGUCAGAUUCGCCCUCAAACACAAACUUCACUGAAAGACUCUGGGCGAAGGAGACGGAACCAGAGGACAACUUUGACUGGGCCAAAUAUCUGAUGGAGGGUGAGGACAUAGACGCUGGGCCGUAUCCGGAUACCCCUGAGUGGUCCGAGGAGGAGAGCGAGGACGAUGACAGUCAGCAGCCAAUCAGCAGGGAGGACUCUGGGAUCCAGCUGGACAGAACCCCCCAGGAGGACCAGGACAGCUCCAACAAGACCGUUCCAGUUGCAUGGACAGUGGGUGAACCGGAUGCCCGGGCCUGGCUCGAGCAGCACGUCGUGACUCCGUACUGGGCGACUCACGCUUCUCGUUUCCCUCACAGCUUACACCUACACUCCAACUUACUCAAUGUUUGGGAUCAGCACUUGUACAACACCGACCCACUGUAUCUGCCAGAAGAAAAGGCCUUUGUGUCCGAAACUCAAGUGAUACGGGAGACGCUGUGGCUCCUCUCUGGGGUUAAGAAACUCUUUAUAUUUCAGCAUCAUGAUGGGAAAGUGUCAGUGAGAAAUGAUGUGGUUGUAACUCAUCUGACAAGUAACUGCUUGCUGUCUGUGCUGGAGCAUGUGUCCGUGUAUGGACAGGCUGUGUUCAGGCUUCAGAGGUUCAUAGAUGAGGUGACGGGUCACAGUUCAGAGCCCGGUCCUCCAGGCUCCGGCUCCUGCUCCAGGAAGGGCUCCGAGCCACCAUUUAGGACCUACCAGGCUUUUGUUUGGGCUUUGAACAAGUACUUCACCGGUUUCAAAGAAGAGCUGACCACAAUAGAGAAAGAGAUCAUAAGCAAUGACGAGACCGUGACUCUGUCUGCAGUUCUGGAGCGACUCAGCUCUCACCUGGCUCAGAUCAAAGUGCUGCACAAAGUCUUCUGCACAGGAGUUGCAGAAGUUCCACCUGCCACCCCCAACGUGGUGCGGGCCUCUCACCUGCUCAACACACUCUACAAGGCCAUCAUUGAAUAUGACAGUGUUGGAGAAGCAUCAGAGCAAACGGUGGCCCUGCUGUUUUCUUUAUGGACAGAAACAGUCCGACCUUAUUUAGAGAUUGUGGAUGAGUGGAUUGUUCAUGGCCAUUUGUUCGAUCCUGCCAAAGAGUUCAUCAUCCAAAGAAACAAGGAUGUCCCGGUGAACCACAGAGACUUCUGGUACGCCACAUACACGCUGUACAGCGUGUCGGAGAUGGUGGAUAACGAGGAAAAGUUAAAUGAUGCAGCCAGCGGGAGCUCUGGAGGCGAUCAGAGCUCCAGCAACAGGCAGCUCACCAUGGUGUCCUUCCUCAAACCCGUCCUAAAGCAGAUCAUCAUGGCUGGGAAGUCCAUGCAGCUGCUUAAAAAUCUAGACUGGAAGGAGGCUGAGAGCUCUGAGACGUCCUCCAGGGAUGCAGAGAGGAAAAGUUUGUACACACUCUUUCUGGAGUCUGUGCAGUCGCGUCUCUGCAGCCAAGAAGGGAGUCCAGCAAACACCGUGUCUGAACAGCAGGCCACAGCGAGGAGUCUCGUAAAGAUGCAGUCCAUCAUGGCACAACACCUGGAGAUCGAUGAUGUCCAUGACCCGUUACUGGCCAUCAACUUUGCCAGGCUCUACUUGGAGCAGAGCGACUUCCAUGAGCGUUUCUCUGGCGGUGACUUCAUUGUGGACCGCUCGUCUCAGUCGAUCACCUGCCAGACGUUCGAGCUCACGCUGCGUUCCUGCCUCUACCCCCACAUCGAGAGGAGGUACAUUGAGUGCUGUGGGAACCUGAUGAAGACUCUGAAGAAAGACUACAUGCUGUUGGAGUACCUCCAGGCGAUGAGGAACCACUUUCUGCUGGAAGCUGGAGACACCAUGUAUGACUUUUACACCGCCAUCUUUGACAAGGUGCAGGAGAAGGAGAGCUGGCAGCAGCCCUCCUUUCUCAACAUGCAGCUGCAGGAGGCAGUCGGACAGCGCUACCCAGAGGAUAGUAGUCGGUUAUCUGUCUUUUUGGAGAACAUUGACCCCUCCAGGAAAAAGCACCCAGUGAAUAAUUUAGAUGCUCUAACCCUGAGCUACAAGGUUCCCUGGCCUGUUGACAUUGUGAUCAGCUCUGAGUGUCAGAAGAUUUACAAUCAGGUGUUUCUCCUCCUGCUGCAGAUUAAAUGGGCUAAAUACAGUCUGGACACACUUCGAUUCAGCGAUUUUACAGACAUCGCUGAGAAACUGGAAGGGUCUUUAGGUGAGGAAGUAAAGCCGAAAGAGCCUUCAAACCAACAGAUUCACAGAAUGUGUCUACUGCGAGUGAAACUGAUGCACUUUGUCAACAGCCUUCACAACUACAUCAUGACCAGGAUUCUGCACAGCACUGGACUGGAGUUUCAGCAUCAGGUGCAGGAAGCAAAGGACCUGGAUCAGCUGAUCAAAAUCCACUACAGAUACCUGGCGACUAUUCAUGACCGUUGCUUGUUGAGGGAGAAGGUCAGUUUUGUGAAGGAGGCGAUCAUGAAAGUUCUCAAUCUGGUCCUCAUCUUCUCAGACCGCUGGCAGGCUGGAUUUGGAGCUUGGAAGAUCGAGUCCAUUGAUAAAGUGGAGUCAGAUUUCAAAAACUGUCACAUGUUCCUGGUGACGAUACUAAAUAAAGCUGUGUGUCGGGGCUCCUUUCCUCACUUGGAGUCUCUGGCUCUGUCUCUGAUGGCAGGAUUCGAGCAAUGCUGAACAACCAUCCCUGUUUCAGCGUUUAUGGCCAUCAGUGCUUUUCCAUCAUGCUCAAGAUGUUACUGAUGUCAUUUAUCAUCUCACUGUUCAGACAGUUGUAGAUGGACAGGUUAGAGUGGCAGGUGUCACUGUUAAAGCUUCUUACAUCCAUUUCUCUAUUUAAAAAGGGUUUUGUAAUUAUAUAUUUUAUAUUUUAAUUGCUGUACUUAUUGUUACUGUGUAUAACAAUACACAUGUGUAAUUUACACAUGUAUAUUGUUAAUAUACAUGUGUAAAUUACACAUGUGUAUUGUUAAUAUACAUGUGUAAAUUACACAUGUAUAUUGUUAACAUAAAUGUGUAUCUGUAUUAAAUAAAAAAUUACAAGGUU